AUGCAAACUUUGCUUGCCCUUCUUCUUUCAGGCCUCUGGCACAAUGUUCAAAGCUUUCAUUGCAACAAGAUUGAUCCGGUACCCGCAAGCCAAAGUAACGCUGAAUUAGUGAGAACCGAAAACUGUCGAAACGAUCAUGCCUGCUUCACAAGUGUCAAAGAUGGUCGGCUCACUAUGGGUUGCUUCGACUCGGUAAAGCAUUGGGAUCAUAUUGCGUUAUGUUUCGCCAAACCCGACACUGAAACAGGUUGCUCAUACGAUAAAAUGACGCGCCUCGGCUUUGACAAUUGGGGGACAGGAUUUUGCUGUUGUCGAAGUGAAAAGUGCAACCAACUACCACCUGAAUGGCUUGCUCUUUCAUCUUGGCGCCUUAGAUGGAGAAUUUGUUCAAACUUUUUGAUAGUGGCCACUGUCUUCUCGUUUGCUUUCUAUGGAUAUGGACUAUUGGAGUCACAGAGCAGAAAAACACUAGGCAAGAAGGAAAAGAGAGGUAAUGGAAGCUGGAUUUCUUAG